AUGCCUAGUCAGGGAGAAGAUUGUUAUUUCUAUUUCUAUUCGACAUGCACCAAAGGUGACAGCUGCCCAUUCCGUCACUGUGAAGCUGCACUAGGACAGGAAAAUGUCUGCACCCUCUGGCAAGAAGGCCGCUGUUUCCGACGGGUGUGCAGAUUUCGCCACAUGGACAUUGACAAAAAACGAAGUGAAAUUCCUUGCUAUUGGGAAAAUCAGCCAACGGGGUGUCAGAAAGUAAAUUGUGCUUUCCACCACACCAGAAGUCGUUAUGUUGAUGGCGUGUUCCUACCUCCAAGCAAAACUCUGUUACCCACUGUGCCCGAGUCACAAGAAGUAAAGGCUAGCCAGCUCACGGGUCACCGGAACAAGUUGUUUGUUCAACCUAACUCCUCUCUUCAGCUUCGGAGUGAAAUGAAAGUAGAGAGUUCACGAAAAGUUUUCAUCCCCAAACAUCCGACUGUUAUAAUCAAUAUUGCAGAUGAUGAUGACGAUGACGACGACGACGACGAUGACGAUGGUGAGUUUUCUGAGGAGGUCGAGGAAAGCAAAACACCUGCCCUGCAAUCAACUCCUGACAUCCAUAAUGGAUUACCAGUGGCUUCUGCCCACAAACCUGGAGUCAGUUUAAAGCAAGGCGAAUGUUUGAAUUUUAGAAUAAAAACUCUUGAGGAAAUUAAAUCAGAGAAGAUGAAGGAAAAAUCCAAGAAGGAAGGUGGCUCCUCGGGAGUUUCCAGUGUUUUGCAUCAGCCUCAGUCCAAUCUAGGCCCGAAGAAGAAUAUUCAGACACUGGUGAGGACUGUAAAUCUAUCAAGCAAACAGGAAGAGCCCUUGGUUAGACUGAGUCUUACUGAGAGACUGGGGAAACGAAAACUUUCAGUGGGUGGUGACAGUGAUCUCCCAUUAAAGCGAAGCCUUGCACAGAGGCUGGGAGAAAGAGUGGAAGCACCGGAAACUGACAUGGAUAAAGCACCAAAGAAAAUGCGAGUUCAUAACGUCGGUGAGAUUCACGUGAAGGCUUUCGAAGAGAUUCUUCUCGACAGAGCCAGUCAGAAACGUGGAGAACUGCAGACGAAACUGAAGGCAGAAGAACCUGCAGGAGCUGAUGAUUCUCCAUCAGGAACAGGAAGUUCUUCAGUGCGGAUCAAAACCUUCUCUGAGGUCCUGGCUGAAAAGAAACAUCAGCAGCAGGAAAUGGAAAGACAGAAAUCCAAAAAGGAUACCGAUUGCCUGGAGCUAAGAGAAGAUACUGAAGUGAAAAAGACAGCGAGUCUGCCUACUGCUGCUGUUGGCCAAGGGCAACCAGAGGAGCCUGCGGGAAGAGCCAGGUCGACGAAGGAGGUGCUUGUCUCAGUUCCCGAAUUGGCUCCCAAACGCAAGGCUGUGGAGGUGCACUGUGCCCCCAUCGCAGCGGUGAAGCCCUUCAGCUUCAGCAGUGCCCUGCAGGAAAGCCCCACCAAGAAAGCAGCUGUGGCUGUCGUCCCACUCCCCUCGGAGGGUACAUCUGUCACCACGUCUGAGACUUACACAACGAAACACAGUUCUGUGCUGUUUUCAGCCCAAGCUUCUUCAGAACCCUUGCUCCCAGAAGGAUCUGGCCCUUCCUCAUCCCAGAUGGCAACAAAACCACACUGUCUGAGCUCUUCCGCGACCGGAAAGCCUCCACUUUCUGUGGAAGAUGAUCUUGAGAAACUAAUAUGGGAAAUUUCAGGGGGCGAACUAGAAGCUGAGAUGGACUUGGAUCCUGGGAAAGAUGAAGAUGACCUUCUGCUUGAGCUCUCAGAGAUGACUGACAGUUUAAGCUGA